CCCUACAGGCUGCCCAGAACAAGCUUUCUGAAAGCAGCCCGCACCGCUCCUGUUCCAGAACAACCGAGUCUCAAUGUCGUCUCUGGAGACAAGAAGGCUUCAGUAUGUUAAAUUACUUUCAUUAUGCCUUUUCAGACGCUUAUUGAUUCUACGGUAGGAAGCAGGAGACUGCAGCAGGCUCUGAGAGCAGCAUUCCGUGUGGCAGACGGGAACAAAACGCUGAAACAAUGGCACAACACAAGCACAAAUUUGCAUUGAGAUCCUGUUUUGGAGAGAUGCUCUUCACUCUCUUCCCCCUGUAUUCUGCUAACAAGUGAACCAGCCCCCCUCCCCACAAAAAAUGAAUCCCUCUAAACUGGAACGGCUCCACCAGCUUCGGGAAUUUAUCCAAUCCUCAGUGAAGGGCACAGAUUUUCUAAUUUGGUUUUAUUUAUAACAACAUGAAGAAUACAGUUGCUUGGGGAAUCUUCUGAGCCAUCUGCACUACAAGUAUCAGGACAUGUUUUUAAUUUUUUUAAGACAGAAGAACCAGAGCAAAACCCUGGAGGAAGUCCACAUUACCCUUUAAAUACUUGCAACACAUCAGCAGGGAUUAAGACACCUGAUACAACUAUUCAUGGAGAGAAGAUUAAAUCAAGGAUUUAAAAUUACAGCAAAAUGGGCAAAACGAUCUCCCAACAAAAGGAUGUGUUUCACUUCCAUUCCAGAAGUCAACAUGCAGCCUGAAUCUAACAUUACAGUUCGAGAUGCCAUUGAUGACAUCAACACGAAUAUGUACCAGCCACUUUCUUAUCCAUUAAGCUUUCAAGUUUCUCUCACUGGAUUUCUGAUGCUGGAAAUAGUGUUGGGACUUGGCAGCAAUCUCACCGUACUGGUACUUUACUGCAUGAAAUCCAACUUAAUCAAUUCUGUCAGUAACAUUAUUACAAUGAACCUUCAUGUUCUAGAUGUAAUAAUUUGUGUGGGAUGUAUUCCUCUAACUACAGUUAUUCUUCUGCUUUCACGGGAGAGUAACUCUGCACUAAUCUGCUGCUUCCAUGAGGCUUGUGUGUCCUUUGCAAGCGUCUCCACUGCCAUCAAUGUCUUCGCUAUCACGCUGGACCGAUACGAUAUCUCUGUGAAACCAGCUAAUCGGAUUUUAACAAUGGGGAGGGCUGUAAUGCUUAUGACAUCAAUAUGGAUUGUCUCUUUUUUCUCAUUCCUGAUUCCAUUCAUCGAAGUCAGUUUCUUCAGUCUUCAAAGUACAAAUACUUGGGAAAACAAGACACUUCUUUGUGUUAGUGCAAAUGAAUAUCACACAGAACUAGGGAUGUACUAUCACCUUUUAGUACAAAUUCCUAUCUUUUUCUUCACUGUUAUAGUAAUGCUAAUUACAUAUAGCAAAAUACUCCAGGCACUGAAUAUCCGAAUAGGCACAAGAUUUUCUACAGGGCAGAAGAAAAAAGCAAGAAAGAAAAAGACAAUUUCUUUGUCCACACAACAUGAAACCACUGAUGCAUCACAAAGCAGCGGAGGGAGAAAUGUGGUCUUUGGUGUAAGGGACUCUCAGCCUGUUGGCAGUUACCUUAAAUUGCCUUCACAAGGUGGGGCAGUAAAGCGACAUCACCGUUGGAGCAGACGGGAAAGACAGAAGAGAGUCUUCAGGAUGUCGCUGUUGAUCAUUUCAACUUUUCUUCUCUGCUGGACACCAAUUACAGUUUUAAACACUACAAUUUUAUGUUUGGGCCCAAGUGACCUUUUGGUAAAGUUGAGAUUGUGUUUUCUAGUCAUGGCAUAUGGAACUACCAUUUUUCACCCUCUUCUAUAUGCAUUCACUAGGCAGAAAUUUCAAAAAGUUCUGAAAAGUAAAAUGAAAAAGCGAGUAGUUUCAAUAGUGGAAGCUGACCCAAUCCCAAAUAAUGCUGUAAUACACAACUCAUGGAUAGAGCCUCAGAGGAACAGGACAAUUACCUUUGAAGACAAUGAAGUAAGACAGAAGUGUUUAGUACCUCAGGUUGUUACAGACUAGACUGUAGUAUGGUAAUCACUGAAUCAUUUAAAAGGAAAUAUAAAAACAAUUAAAAUAAAUACUGCCAAAUAAGGAUAUUUUUUAAAAGAAAAAAGAAGAAUUGCCCAGACUGUAAAUGUUUAACAUAUAUACUGCAUAGGUUAGGCCUGUAUAUUUUCCUUCAUGAUUAGCCAAGAUGUAUAUUGCAUGGCAGUGUGUCAAAGUCCUAUCAGAGGUAUAAUUUGUCAAAAAGCCUGUCCUCCUCUAAUAUACAUCAAAGUAAAUAUUUUCUUUUUUUUAAAAAAGCCUUAAAAGAAGUGUACACUUUAAAAAGUAAUAUUUGAGUUGCUGUAAAUAUAUAAAGCUUUGUUUUUAAGCUUUC